AUGCCCCAGUACGCUCCCCGUCAAGUUGGCACACCUGAUAACUCUGACUCGUCCGAAUAUGAAUCGGACUCUGGUCCAGCGUCUGUCGGCGUCUCGUCAAUUAGCCAGCCAACGGUCUUGAAUGGUCGAAUGCCGCAACACGAGGACAUGGAGAUCAUCUGGCGCUUACAACUUGAAAACCAAACGCUCAAGAACAAUAAUCGUGCUUUAGGCGAGACGAAUAAGACAUUAUCAGCAAAUCAACGGCGAUCGUCUUCGAGUACCCAAAUUCCAGAUGAGCUGAAGGCUUUUGACGCUGAACUUGCAACUUUUUCCCGCAAGUAUGGUAUCAUUGCAGAGAUGUUCCCACCCAUGCACCGCAUCCUCAAACUUCCUGUGCCGAAGCCUCCACCUGCCAUCCUAUCUGGGAGCCGCUAUGCAACCAAGAGCGCAGAAGAACUCUGUCUUGUAACAGAGCUAUACUCACUUCUCCCAGAUCAUCUUCAUCGCUUUGUACCGACUAGUCAUUUCCAAUCGUUGAAACUGCUUGGUCAAUCAUCUUCGAUGUUUCCACCUGUCCUUUUUACGAGGCAAGAAAUGGACCUAACGAUGUCAACAGUUUUCGGUAACUGGGAACCGCUCGCAAAGGCGAUUAGAAUUGUAAUGUUCGGAAAAAAUUCGCUGGACAUUGUUGGGUGGCCACGCGCUAAGUGUAAUGCUCGAAAGUGGGGCAUAACAUCAUGCACCCCUGGCCUCCUUGCCUGGGGUUGGGUUGCUGGUGAGUUGUCCCUUGACACUUCAUUCACUAAAGAUGGAGUCGGUGCAAGGUCUCGACUACCGUAUGCAGCCAUGUUCACGGCCUACAAGCAACUAUGGGUCAUGCUUUGGGAAGAGCCCCGUAUCAUUUCGAUCCGUCAGAAAAUCGAUACCCAUGUCUGGCAGUCAUCGACCUCGAAUGUUGCAGCCUCAGAAGCUGAAGGCGAAGAUUUCACUUCUGAUCUAAUGCGCUUGGCUCUUGCUAAUGCUGGCCGCAAAGAUUCAGAUUCUCCGACUAUCAAUGAAGAUCCUGCACCUCCCACAACCCCUACUUCACCAAUAAUUGAUACUCCAGUUGUCAUUGCGCCACCUGUCCCUCCCACUGUACCAGCUAUCACCCCUGCCACGUCGCCCCUGGACCAGGCCACUGAAACUAUCAUCAACCCAGUUCCCAGAUCCGCCACCUGA